GCCCUUUGUGUGAGUGGGUCAAGCAUCGCCCGGAAGGACUGUAAAGAUUAGUGCCCCGCAAAUGCUCCCAUCUGCAUAAUUGGUGCCAGCGAGCUGCGCCUAGGGUUGCAUCGCUGGAGAAGCAAGUGGUAGACACAUUGCGCCGACUGAGGCGUAUCUCGCUCGUGAUUCUACGAAACGAGGGAGUUCAAGUCCCUAGCACAGCCCGACGAUGAUUGAAGUACUCCUGUUCGCCGCUGUUCUCUUGAGCUUCUAUAUCUACAGACGCUUCUUCACGAACUUACCGCCAGGUCCAAUAUGUUGGUAUCCGUUCGUUGGAUAUCUCCCGUUCCUGACGAAAGACCCCCCGAGGCAUCUGGAUAAGUUGCGCCAAAAAUACGGGGAUGUUUUCGGACUUUACUUCGGCUCGAGGUAUGUCGUUUGUCUGGCCGAGUUUCAGACCAUGAAAGAGGUUUUCAACAAGGACACGGUGCUCGAGCGACCUCCGGAAGUGCCUUUCGCGAUAUAUGAAGAUUCGAUGGGCCUUAUGACGCUGAACGGACCUUUCUGGCAAGAGCAGCGCCGGUAUGCAGUUCAACUCUUCAAAGAAUUCGCCUUCACGGAUAAAACCCUAGAGCACCACAUUCAGAUGGAAGUCUCACAUCUUCUCAAAGAAAUCGACAAAGUUGUUGGUAAGCCCAUCGAGCCGACCGUACUUCUGAUACCUUCGAUGUCGAACAUCAUCUCGUCACUCGCCUUCGGCAAGCGUUUCGAGUACUGCGACCCCGACAGGAUCAUGCUUGACGAGCUCAUCAUGGAAAUUCCUAGGCGCGCAGGACAGGUUGCCUACGUACAUUACAUGCCUUGGGUGAAGAAAAUCAUGCUCUGGCUAAAGUGGGGAUCAUGCAACAAACUCCGUGAGGCUCUCAUAAGACGAGAAGCUUUUUGCGAGAAGCGGGUCAAAUUGCACGAAGAAAGCUUCCAGGAGGGGACGUUCAGGGACUACAUCGAUUACUUCCUGCACGAGAUGCAGAAAGAAACUCGCAGAUCAUCUUUCCAACGAAACGUUCUGGUUGGCAACGUAUCUUCGUUCUUCGGAGCCGGUUCGGAGACCGUCCGGACGACCAUUGAUUGGUUGCUUCUCGUCGCGACAGCGUUCCCCGACGUAAGGAAAAAAGUCCAGAGCGAGAUCGAUCGAGUGAUUGGCGAUCGUUCCCCUGUGUGGGACGACAACAAGAGCAUGCCUUACACCAUGGCAGUCAUCUGGGAGGUGUUCCGCUGGAAACCGAUCAAUCCCAUAAACAUCCUGCGGAGGUGCACCCAGGAAAUGAACGUGAAAGGUUACCGAAUUCCGAAAGGCAGUAUUGUUGUGUCCUGCAUAUGGUCUAUCCACAACGACCCGAAGGUUUUUGACGAUCCUAACGAAUUCAAGCCUGAGAGGUUCUUGAAGACCGGCGAUGACGGAGAAGUGAAAGUUUUCAAGCCCGAUAACCUGAUUCCUUUCUCUUUCGGUGAGUGA